AUGUCACUCGUGGUGGUUGCCUACCGGCCACCGGCGAGACUCCGAGCCAAGAGGUCGAGAGCCAAGGGCCUUUCAGAGAGGCAGCGGCUGCAAAGUCCUGGAGUGAUCUACGCUGCUGUGAAUCAGACGGCCUCCAUCUCUUCGUCUUUGCGAAGCCUCCUCCCUGCGUGGAGCGGCGAGUCCUUAGCGGAGCUCCUGGCCUUGGGUGCCGUGUAUUACAUGCCCCCGGAGGGACACCGUUUCGAGCGGCUGGGCAGUACACUGCUUCCGGUGCAAUGUGAUCAGAGGCAAUUGGUACAGGAGACGCUGGUGGAGCGUGGGGGGGAGCUGCGGGUGCACACUGAGCCAAAGCGAUAUCGCCGAUGCUCUGCGGAAGGCCGCGAUUGGGCCGACCGUUUGCUGUAUGUCAGCCCGGAAUAUGUUGUCGUGGACAAGCCUGCCGGCGUGCCCUGCGCACCUCACGUUAGUAAUGGUCGGGAAUGGCUUGUUCCUCUGGUUGCAGCAGCGCUUUCAAUAGCUAGCCGGGAGUCGAGAGGCAAAAGCUCGGGAGGUGAAGACCUCGUUGCCUGCCAAAGGCUGGAUGUGGCAACCUCGGGGUUAACUCUGCUUGCGAGAAGCAGGGAGGCUGCGGCGCGCUUCAGAAAGCUGCUCUGUGACGGACAAGUGACGAAGCGCUAUCUCGCCGUCGUGAAAACGGGGGUGAAGGCGAAGACGGACGGGUUGUUGGAGCACUGGCUCUCGGAUGCAGUCUUUGGCAGGCCUGCGCCGCGCCUUGUUGCUCCUUUGAGUGCUCCUGUGCAAGACAGCCGGCACAAGUGGAGGAAUGCCCGGACGACAAUUCUGUCAACAACAUCGGUAGAGGAUGGGUCGCAGGAGAUGCUUCUGGAUCUUGACACUGGCAGGACUCACCAGAUUCGAGCGCAGCUCGCGUCAAUGGGUGCGCCUGUUGUCAACGACGGCCUUUACAGCCACAUGGCCAAUUUCCUUUGGCGUGGACCGUGCGAUGACGAGGUCGCAGAAAACCUGGUGCAAAGCGCAACUUCUUCGGAAGAUGGUGAUAUUGGGUUGCAGUGCACCCAACUCAGCUUUGAGGAUGUGCAUGUCAGAGUACCGCGGGCUAUGUCGCAGGUGGAGGACGAUGCAGCUUUGCUCCUGUGGGUUUAUUGCAACUAUGCGGUUCAUACGAACGCCCAGGUUUUGCACACAGGGGCUAUGCUGGAUGUCAGGGAGAGGCUGCGGCAGCUUGUGGCCGAGGGACGGGCAUGGGAUGCUGCCCGCCUUUGGGGGUCGGUUCUGGAAGUGCAGCACUGCCCUCCCCCGACGAACCUCAUCAACGAUCUGCCUGCAGGCCUCCGGCCGAUCAGGACGGUCCCCUGUAUCGAGCCCGACUGCCUUCGCUGCCGCGAGGGACGCGGAGGGUUCCAGAUGCCCUUUGUCGGAGCCCACUGCCGCACUGCAGUCCUUGUUCGGCCCGGGGUUACUCCGGUUCAGGCUUGGGCGGAGUACCAUGCUUGUGAGAGCCGCCUCACGCCUCUCGAGGUGGCCCGGGCUGCUUCUGGCUUGUGGCCGGCCGAUAUCCUCCCGGACCACGCGGCGGCCUUGGUGGCAAGAGUUGCUGAGCAGACCCACUCGAGGGCGGUGUCUUCGGCCGAGCUUUGGGUCCUGUGGCGGCUCUGGCACAAUGGGCAGCGACGUUGGCAGGAGCCCGGUUUCCCAGCCGUUCCAUCUUACACCGAGGCUCGUGGGAGCGACAGGGCCAGGGCCCAUCGAGCGAUGUGGUUGCUCUUGGGGGCCGUGGCGGCCGAAAUGGACAUGCUCCCGGCUCCAUGUCGGAGCUGCGGGGUGUUUGUGAUAGCGGCAGUGCCGGUUUCCUGGUGCAGGCUUCGGCUGCGAGCUCGGCUGGGUGGCGACCUCAGCGAGCAGCGCCGGCUGGAAGCGGAUGUGCGGCACCUGGGCCGAAGGGUGCUCCCGGGCGAGUUUGCUUUUGCGGGAUUUUGUUGCUCGGGUUUGCGCUUCGCUUUUCAUGUUAAGUCGGCAGUUGUUGUGCAGCCUGCCUCCUUGGACGCAUUGGCUCGUGAAGUUCGCCUCGGGCCUCGGGCUGUGGAACAUCAUGACAGGAGCCUACGCAGCGCAGGCGAUGGAGGGCGAGGGGGCGUGGUCAGCAGCUACGUCCCUCCAGGUGAUCGCUGUGCGAGUCGGGUGCGCGAGUGGCGCCAGAAGCACCGCGUACAAAGGGACUCCGACUUCGCUUUUUAUUUUACCAGCUACCAACAGGCGGUGCGGCAGGCUGGGCAUCAUGUGGCAGAUGCUUGGACGGUGGCUCGUGCUGAGCAGGAGGGUUGCCUGAUUUCGGCGGCUUCGGCGGCAGUGGAGGGACCAGCGCCGUCGGACCGGCCGCCGUUGCCCAGGCCUUCUUCGUCGGUGCGUGGAAGACAGGGCCGCCUUGCACCUCCCCAGCCAGAUGGUGGUGACCUGCGUGAGCGUCGGUCGAAGCUGGUGGCGGUUCUUCUGCAGUUGGGCGCCUUCCGCCCGGCAGGUCCCCUCUCGGACGUUCCUCGCAGGGAGUGGGAAAAGACGGUCGAGAGGACGGCGUCGCGCUUCGUGGACCGUGCGGACAGGGCCACUAUAGAUGGCGUUCUGGGUACAUGGGAUGAGCUCUCGGCUUGGCAGCGGGCGAGGUCACGCCCAGUGGUGCCGGAGCUCGUGGACGUGGACUCCUUUUUGGCCGAUGGUACCCCGGCUCCUACCCGUGCCUUGGCUUGCCUCCGGUGGUUGGUGAAGAAGGCCAAGCUGGCUCGGAAGCCGGGGCAGGCCUCUCAGCCAAGGGGCCAGGCACCUUGUGUUGGCCCAGACAUGCUGGGGUUCUUGGAGGAGAAGAUCGAGCUGGCCCAUUCCUUCGGCGACGAGAAGUGGUCGGCCUUGCUGGGCUCGUGGCUGGUGGCGGCGGGAUGCCUUAGGCAUGGCUUCGGGACUGGCGGGCCCUUUCCCCAGCAGCCAAGAAGAGAGAGCCAAGAAGAAGCGGGACUCUGCUUCAAUCGGGCGGGGAAGCCCUGGGCUAUUUCCGAGAUCAACCUCAGCGCUCAGGAGGCCUUUCGCGAGAUGCUGCAGGAGCCGGCGGAUAUGACUAUAUACAGCUGGCGCCGACUGCUCCCUACCGUGGGCCAGCUUCUUCGCCUCUCUCCGCAAGAGCAGCUGGCUUUGGGGGAUUGGGCUAGCAGCAAUCCGGAGGGCAACCAGAUGCCGCUACAUUACAGCAGCGCUCCCUACACAACCUCCCUGCGAUGCAAGGCGCUGUCUCUGGCCGCGGCAUGGGAGGUCCGUGGGUUCGAGGACUGGAGUGCAGUCACGGACACCGAGCUGGAGAGGAUUAAGGGGGCCGUUCAGACCCAGGUGGACGCGGUGAUUGUGGGCGACCGGACCACUGUCUUCCAGGCCCCGGUGACGACCGAGACGCUGCACAGGUCCCUGGCGCUGACGCGCACGUGGAGGUACAGAGCGGCCAAGAUGCGAGCACGAUCCAGCCAAGAGCAAGUGGAGCGCAUGCCAGCCACGUUGAAUGGCAAAGUCCUCACCGCCUUCCUUAAAAACGGACAAUCGCUUUGCGCGAGCUUCCAGCUGGGGAAGUGCCAGUUGGCAGAGCAGGACUGUGCGAGUUCGCACCGAUGCGCGGUUGCUCUGCGCAGUGGGCGAGCUUGUGGCGGCAAUCAUCCAGCUCACGUGUGCUUCGAUUUGAGAGCACUCCUCGCGCAGACGGCCAAAGAACCCGGCCCAACUGGCCAGACUGUCCUGCCGCAGCGGAGGGCGGCACCUGCAGAGCCAUCCGCCCCUCCACCAAAGAGGGCCAGGCUUCCUUUGGCCGGCGAGGUACCAAGCGAGGCAGCUUCUUCCUCGAGAACCACGGCGAAGGCGACACCCAAGACGGCAUCGAAGGCGGCACCCAAGGUGGCACUCAAGGCGGCGCCCAAGGUGAAGGCUCGGCCCAAGGUUGCCAGUGACAGCGCGGUUUCGGGGCGUGACCCUGUGGUUCUUCGGGCGGCUUCGGGCGGCAAGCCCGGCGGCCUCUGGUGGUACUGA